AGACAAUCGAUGAAGGUGGGAUGAUGGCACGAAGAUCUUUCAAGAAAGACAGGAGCAAACACUAAACUCCUACCAGCCAAUAGAUCUGAAUCCAAACACAUUUCGUUAAUUGUUGUAUAUUCCUUUUUAGGUGYAAGGAGCGAUCGAUCGAUCGAUCGAAACCCAAGAGAGAACGCAGAGGACACAAGCACAUAGACGAAUAGCGUUCCAGGAUGAAUAUUGGGUCGAGGCCUUUACGGCGACUCUUGGCGAGUCAAAUGGAUGGCAUAACGCGUCGAUGUUGCCCCAUGAGUUCAAGAGUUCGUAAUGGGCCGAAGAGAGCGAUGGCCUAUUCCCUGUCGGUCUCGUGUGCCAGUAGCCAGACAAUACGCCGUGGKUUUGCGGUCGAUAGCCAAAGCAAUGAACGACAACCACAAACACGCCACGGGGGUAACGGCGCGAUCGGCUUGUUUUCCAUCCCCGGUCUGAUCCAUCCGUGCGACUUUCAGCGCUUGACGAAGGAGGCAAUCCAAGAAAGCGAUCGGCUCCGCGACAACAUCCCAAACUCCAUAGAGUCCACGAGCCAGGCACGAGCCACGCUCUACGAGCUCGAUCAAAUCAGUCGCACGGUCUGCAACGUCAUCGACGCCGCCGAGCUGUGCCGCUCGGCACACGCCGAUCCGGAGUGGAGGGAUGCGGCCAACCGCUCCUUCCUCGAGCUCCAGAACUACAUWGCCACGCUCAACGCGGACCAGGGAUUGUACCACGCACUGGUCUUGGUGGAGGACGGAUACUUCGACGCCAUGUCGGAAGAGGAACGCAGGUUUUGCUUUUUGCUCAAGCGAGAAUUCGAGCUCAGCGGGAUCCAUUUGCCCGACGACCAACGAGAGCACGUCAAGCAGCUCCACAACACGGUGACCACCCUCGAGACCCUGUUUGCAAACAAUAUCACUAACGCGCACAAAGAAUUCAGCAUAGACGCCGAUCUCGUUGAAGCGGUGAUACCGAGGCACGUCCUGGAAGCCAAUGGGGCUGUAUACGGGGAGGCGAGAGGAGAAAAGCAACAGGUUCGAUUGGCGGCGGUUUCUUCUAUCUCGCAUUCCAUCACGAACUACGCCGCUAGUGGAUCCCUUCGAAAAGAGGUUUACAUGGAAACAAAGACCAGUUGUCCCGAAAACAUCGACGUCCUGGAUGCCAUGAUCGACGCCCGCCACCAGCUAGCGCGCACCCUCGAUUUCGAAUCCUACAGCCACCGAUUCUUGCAAGACAAAAUGGCACAAUCGCCCGAUGCCGUCUCCGGGUUUUUGCAUGACCUGCAGAAGAGGAUCGAACCGGCCUACCAGCAAGAAAUGGAGAUUUUGUCGCGCGCAAAACAGCAAUUCGAGGGCAACCCAGAGAUCGAGCCAUGGGACGUCAACUUUUACACCAAAGCGCUCAAGGCCCARGGGGGAGUGGACCCAGGCGCACUGGCACCGUUUCUGAGUCUCUCGAAUUGUUUGCGGGCAAUGAAACUGCUAACAAAGACACUCUUCGGUAUUCGCAUGGAAGAAAUGGAACUGGAGGACGCGGAGCGGUGGGACGCAAUCACGGACGGGAAUGGGAACACCAGCGCUGCUCCCGCUCACCGCGAAGAAGAAAUCAGGAAAUUCAUUGUUUCGGAGGAAGAMACCGGUCGSGAACUAGGCACGAUGUACCUGGAUUUGCAUCCCCGCCCGGGGAAAUAYACUCACGCCGCGCACUUUACGGUCCGAUGUGGCUGUCUAGAGAACGGCCCUGAUUCCAGCUAUCAAAAGCCUAUCGUUGCGCUGGUCUGCAACAUGAACACGGGGGAGGCCAGCUUCUCGUCCCACCAGGAGGUCGAAACGUUUUUUCACGAAUUCGGGCACGCCAUGCACUCGCUGCUGAGCCGCACGAACUUUCAGCACAUGUCCGGUACGCGUGCCGCCAUGGAUUUUGUCGAAACGCCUUCCCACUGGAUGGAGCACUACGCAUGGUAAAUCUGGUUUUGUGUUUUUCAUUUCCAUGAAAUAAAUCGCAAAACAAAGCUCGCAUGCAUUCUCAAGUUGUUUUUUCGUUGCCUUUUUUUGUUUUGCAUCUCAAAAAGGUGUGAGCAGUUUUUGCCACUCCUAGCAACGAACACAGACGGAGAGCCCCUACCCGAAUCACUCGUGAAGGCAUUGAACCAGAGUCGCAAUCAGUUUCGUUUCAUAGAAAUGCAAAAGCAGAUUGUGUUGUCCAAUUUCGAUCAAACCAUUUUUGGUCCCCAAGAAUCAUCAAGUAACAGCCAGAGAUUGCCCACCAAAGACGUUUGGGCAGCAAUGCAUCGCCAGAGUGGAGUACCGUUUGCGGAAGGCACCCACUGGUACACAAACAUCGGGCAUUUUGUGACGUACGGUGCAGGGUAUUGUAAGUUUGAAGAUUUUGUUGUUGUUUGCUCUUGUUAUAUGAACGAAACGAUCUGUGUUGGUGGUGCAUUUGUCUUGUGUCUUGAUAAAGACAAAAUAACUAACCCCUAAAACUCUUYAAUCGAUCAAUCCUUUUUUCAAAUACUACUGGUACACACCUUCGUUGGGCUUCCAGACGGUAAGUGGUCUUUUUUUGCGUGGUACUGCAACAACCCAUUGAACUUGCUAGUGGCAUGAUUAAUUCGGAGUCGGGUUUCGAUUUUCUGUGUCUUUUGCUACGCUUAUUUUCGCUAACUCCCUUUUCGACUCUUACCUAUCGCACUCAAUCCUCGUUUUCGUGACAGGUUAUCUUUACUCCCAAGUCUUUGCGGAUGCGAUCUGGAACGAACUAUUUCGCAAGCAAAGUUUGAAUCGGAGCUCAGGAGAACGGAUAUGGAAGAAGAUGCUGAUACACGGCGGCGCCCGUGAUGCGAACAUUAUGCUAGAAGACUUGCUUGGGCACAAACCAACUGUGGAUCACUACUGGAAAAGCCUUGUUGAGUCGAUACGAGAGAAGGAAGGAUAGAUAACUUCUCUUGUAUUUUGAUGACUGGCAAUUGAAUCRAUUCAGGCUACUUGUAACUAUCAAACAUAGGUAUACUCUCGAGAUCAAAUCCCCAUAAAAAUGACCCUUAAUAUUCUUAGRAAUUAUACGCAGUUUUAGUUGUUCAAUUUCUGGGCCAUCCACCAUGAUCGUACAUAGGUAGGUUAUCAAAGCGAGAGUCGCUGUCWAAGUUUUCAGUAGCCUUCGCGCAGAGAAACGCAAGACGGCGUUCAAUCACAUUAAGUGACGGGAACUCGUUCGCAUAUCUUUCAAUCCAUGCAGCAAUAUCAUCUCCCGACGAAGCAUUCAAUAUCGAUUGCGGAACCAUCCUUUCACUUUCAAAAAAUGUGGUUCUUAUAUGACGUUUGAUCGCUUCUUKAGAAAAUAUAAUUCCAGCAUCACUGCUAUCUAGCUCCGACGCACGGUCUUUCAGAAUGGAAAACAGCCCAUGUGUGCUCGCGUGUACAAGAAGUGCAGUAUCGUGGAUCCAUGGACACCACCAAACAGGGAGACCGUCCAUUGAUUUUCGCAUUGUCUUGGAAUGCAAAAUUUCCUGUAUGUUUUUAGCUUGAACCUGUCCUUUAGAAAUAUUGAGAAUGCAACGCAUCAAUCGGAAUCUACGAAUUAUAGCACUUGCUAUUCCCACAGCUUCAAUGGAUUGCUCAAAAAGCGGUAAACAUGGAUCCGGCAGUGGGCUCUGCAACUUUUCUGUGGGUUCUGGGUAACAGCAAGUACCAUCGUAUGUUUCGUAUUCCCCUUUGCUUCCACGGGUUAUUUGGGUUGUGGAGUUAUUUCCGUACAAGCAAAGCUUUAAGCAAUGAGGAAGGAAGUGCCCUUCGAUGUAUUCCUUUAUCACAUUCAUCUCGGGUAUUUUAGUGUCACCGCAGAAAUGUUUCAAUAAUAAUUGGAACCGAUUCGUUCCGAACAUUGGAUUCGAAGCUUCAGAGAGUUGUACGGGUGACGUUUCUCGAAGGCAACUCCAGAUAUCAUACGCCAUGUUCAAUUCGCCAUCUUGCUGUGGAAAUCCGAAGUAAAGGAGUACACAUGAC